UAUUAAGAGUUGAGAAGUGUGAACAUGUGUUCGUUUUGUUAGUCUUUCAUUGCCAUUUGAUAUAUUGUUUCACUAACCAUGGAUAUUUUCAGCGGCGAAUCAAAAAUGAAAGUGAAGGUUUUGGUGCGAAAUCCUGAUGACUAUUUGCGAGAAACAAAAAGAGACAUCCACAAAUUACCUAGGAACUACAAUCCAGCAUUACAUCCACUAGAAGCUCCUAGAGAAUAUACGCGUGCCAUGAAUGCUGUCAAAUUAGAAAGGGUUUUUGCUAUGCCAUUCAUUGGUUCCCUCGAUGGUCAUCAGGAUGGUCUAACUUGCCUUGGCAAACAUCCUGAUCACUUGUCUUGGCUGUACAGUGGAGCGUGCGAUGGAGAGUUAAAAUUGUGGGAUGUCGCAAAAAGGAAAAUAGUGUAUACUGUUCAGGCCCAUGAUGGAUUUCUAAGAGCUAUGGCAUUUAGUCAGGAAACAUCAUCUUUAUACACUGUCGGAGAUGAUAAACUUAUUAAACAAUGGAAAACUCAGGAACUAGACGGCAGUGAUUUGAAGGCACCAGUAAACACUAUAGUGACACGUAGCAUGCUUACUGGUGUAAGCCACCACAGAUCUAAACCAUAUUUGGCUACCUGUGGAGAAGCUUGCAAUUUAUGGGAACAAACUCGCGCCCAACCAAUCAAGACUUUCCAGUGGGGCGUUGACAGCUUACAAUGCAUUAAAUUCAAUCAAGUUGAAGAAAAUGUUAUAACUGCCUGCGGUAGUGAUCGAAGCAUCAUCUUGUACGACAUGAGGGAGUCUGCACCUUUAAGGAAAGUUGUCCUGCAGAUGAGGAGCAAUUCACUUUGCUGGAAUCCCAUGGAAGCUUUUAUCUUCACCGUAGCCAAUGAAGAUUAUAACCUGUACACAUUUGACAUGCGAAAUUUCGCUAGUCCCAUUAACGUGCAUAAAGAUCACGUCUCAGCUGUCAUCGACGUUGACUAUUCACCGACUGGCAAGGAGUUUGUCAGCGCAAGUUACGAUAAGACAAUUCGUCUCUACAAUUCUCGUCAGGCUCAUUCGCGAGAUAUUUACCAUACAAAUCGCAUGCAGCGGCUGACUUGUGCAGCUUGGUCCUUGGACGACCGUUUCAUCUAUUCCGGCUCCGACGAAAUGAACAUCCGCAUUUGGAAAGCUCGCGCCGCUGAAAAACUUGGCGUGGUUAAACCUCGUGAAAAGACGGCUCUACGAGUUAAUGCAAAGCUGGUGGAGAAAUUCGCCCACCAUCCAGCGAUCAAACGGAUCAACCGUCAUCGUCAUGUGCCCAGGCACGUGUACAACUCACGGAACGAGCUGCGAAGCAGCAGGAUUGCAGCCAGACGGAAGGAAUUCAAUGUCCGUACUCACACGAAACGACAAUUACCUAUCAUCCCCGAGAAGGCCAAAGUUAUCGUGUCCGAGCAGCAGUGAAUGUUUACCUAUUUUCGUUUUGCCACACACAACGCUGUCCAAUUUGGUUCUCGUUCUCUGGGCGGUUGAAGGAAGGAGCUGCUGUCCAAAUGGAUUUUCUUCCCUUGUGUACAAUUUACAUAAUCCCUCGGAAACUGGACUUUCUCGCUGCAUUUGCCUAAUGGCCUGGACGAGAAUACGUACCAUUAAAAAUACAAGAGAAAAUGUAAGGAAAAACAAA